UGUCACAGAGACGAUGGUGACAACGUUUAUAUUUCUCUGUGGACUCUCCACAUGUCUGCUUGUAAGCGGUACAGGUCAGAUUGUUCAUGUCGAUCUCGCGUCUCGAAGUGACGGCAUGCUACAGACGUGUGUGUUACCAUACGAAGUCAAAGUAACCAUUACCUCGGAGAAGGAGACUGUUCAUCUGAAUCUGGAGAAGAAUGAACACGUUGAUCACGAGGCUCCAGUGUUUCUCAUCAGACACGACAAGGAUGGACGUGCAUACACUGUACAAGAGCCAACUCUGAAAGUACAGAGUGUGGGAAUGUAUCAAGACAGAGACAACCAGGCCGUUAUGAAAGUAUCCUGCAAAAAGCGUCCGCGACAAAACAUACAAAUAUAUUUGGAGGGACGUUUUGUACCCUCAAGUGGAAAGCUCUACCAUCUCGCACCUGUUCAAUCCCCAUUAAACACAGACUUUCACCCGGGGAACGCGGACGCGCAUGUAAUGAGAGAAAUGAAGCAGUCGUCUCAUGCCACGGAUCGGACUGGAUUAACAGCAUCUGUGGCACUUGACAAGAGAACAGUUGAUAUUGACACCACCACGUUUCAAAUAGACAUCCUGGCAUACAUCGACUUCUUAACCGUUCAAAGUUGGAUGAACAUUUCAAAUCAGGUUGCGCCAGCUCUUCAAAGACUUGAUAGUUUUCAGCGCGUGAAACAGGCAGUGGCUCUUCUUCUGAACGACGUGAAUCUUCGCUACAAGACAAUAUCACCUCGUUUCAACGUCCACCUGAUAGGAUGCAUCAUUGAGGACACAAAGGAGGGAGAUUGGUUCCAGUCUGUAAUUCAAAAUGAAAAAGAUGCAUCAACUGUCAACGGACACCUACUAUUGGACUCAUUUGCGAAUUGGACGGAAACCGUUCACGCUUUUCCGAAGCACGAUUUCAUAAUGAUUUUUACAAAUCACGACAUGUAUAGACGGCGAGAAGAUGGACGCUAUUAUCACGAAGACUCUAUUUCAGGUGUCAGUCAAACAGCAUCUGUAUGCAAGGAAAGCAAAGGCAUAUCCAUUGUGAAGUUUAACGGAGACUUCAUGAAAAAUGCACUAGUGGCGUCGCAUGAACUUGGCCAUGGACUCGGUGCCAAACACGACGGCGAUGGCAACACGUGCAAGGGAGGCGACCAGUACAUCAUGACCCCCGCCAUGGACACUGACCCUACCGGCCAUCAGUUCCAGUUUUCGACAUGUUCAAUAGCCUACUUUCGACACUACCUUCAAGGCGUUUUAAGAUACGGGACACCGUAUUCAGUACUGUGUUUCACAUCAAGCCUCACCACUAUCAACGUAACGCCGACUGUCAAACUGCCCGGACAACUAUAUAGUAUUGAUGACCAGUGUCGAAAUAUUCAAGGCCCACGUUCUUAUUUUUGUCGGGGUGUUGACAUCGGCAGCGCGGACAACGUCUGCAGAAACAUGAACUGUGACGACGAAGACGAUCCCAGCUUGUGUUCUCUCUACUUUCCUGCUGACGGAACCCCAUGUGGUAACAAAAAGUGGUGUUAUGGUGGGAAGUGCGUCUCUUCUGCUCUGGCACCAACUAAAUAUGAUAAAUGCGUGUUUGGCGACAGUGGCAAGAUAGUAUACAAAAAUGAAACCUGCCCUGAGUUCAUUACUACAAGAAACAGACACGGCUGCUACAACGAAGUCAACUACCGCCUCUGUUGUGGGACGUGUGAAAGCGUAGCAUCCUCGGAUCCAGGAUGUAGAUGGGGUAACAAUUACUGGAUGAUAGGCACUUGUGAUAAAGACCAAUGCAAUUCUACGGUCAGCGGUAAAAUGUACUACGAUAUCUGCUGUGAAACAUGCGCCUUCAUGAGACCAGUGGCAACAUCGUUGCCUACAAGGUCUACUACCAUCGCGCCAUCCAAUCAUGGGGCAACCGGGGAUGUUGUAAAUACACAUGUAGGCACAACCUCAUCUACGUCGCAUUUCCAAGGCGGAUAUCUGAUGUGUCCAGAUGAUUGGGUAGCUCACGGUGGGUCUUGUUACAACUUUAUAACCAGUCUGAAGACAUGGUCUGAGGCAAUGACCAGUUGCCAAGCGUCUGGUGCCAGCUUAGUCAACAUAGAAACAUCUACAGAGAAUGAAUUCUUGAAAAAGUAUCUGCUGAGAUUCUCAACCUGUUCCUCUGGUUGGAGCAGCUGGGCUGGAGGGACGGACAUGCUGGUUGAAGGACAGUGGCGCUGGUCAAACACUGGCAAGACGAUAUCAUACACUGACUGGGGCGAUGGUCAACCUGACAAUGACCAGGCUUCCAGUAAUGACUGUAUGCUGAUGUGCUUCAGUGAAAAGUACCGUUGGGGAGGCGAAGACUGUGGAACAAAGCAAAGCUACAUCUGCGAAAAGUAGCUGGCACCUCUUCAAAUUCCACUGAUUGGCUGACUACCUUGCUGUUGUUACAGUACAACCACAAUACCAAGUGUAAGAUGUGUAUUGCAUGAAUAACCAGUCUACAAAGAUAAUGAAUUCAUUAUGUGAUUAUU